GCUUCUGAUCUACUUCCGCAAUGGCUUACGCGUUGCUUUUGCUCAGUGUGAAUUGGUGUUUUGUUAAACAGUUUGCCAGAAAACUGUGAGCAAUUUUAAUCUAAAACAUCUGUAAGAAACAACAAUUACAUCGCAUAUCAAUCACUCGUAUUUACAGCUUUCCCCGACAAUGACGGUGAGCGCGCGCUCUUAAGGUCUCGCGAGAGGUGACCUGGGUACUUCCCGCACAGUGCUGCAUGCUGUCGGUGGAGUGUGUCUGUGUUGUGGUGUGUGUCUGUUGUCCAAACAUGAAGAUUGUCACUUGGAACAUAAACGGGAUAAGAACCUUUAAAAACAGGAUAAAGUCGGCGCUUGACGCGUUCGACGCAGAUAUAAUAUGCGUGCAGGAAACGAAAGUAACGCGCGACAUGCUGGACGAAAGGACUGCGAUUGUGGAUGGAUACAACUCUUAUUUCAGCUUUAGCCGAGGACGCACUGGCUACUCGGGUGUCGCGACGUUUUGUAAAGACUCCGCCACUCCUUUCGCUGCAGAAGAAGGACUUACAGGUCGGCUUGUCAAUCAUGGAGAGGCUGUGGGUUGCUAUGGUGAUCAGGGGGAAUUCUCCAUAGAGGAGCUCCAGUCACUCGAUAAUGAAGGAAGAGCUGUAAUCACCCAACACAAGUUAAAGCAGGAAGCAGAAGACUCUGAGACACUGACUGUCAUCAAUGUGUACUGCCCGCGUGCAGAUCCAGAAAAGCCAGAAAGAAAGCAUUUUAAACUUCAGUUUUACAAACUCCUACAGAGCAGGGCUGAGGCGAUUGUGGGGCCACGAAGUCACGUGAUUAUUUUGGGAGAUAUAAACACCUCUCACCGGCCAAUAGACCACUGUGACCCAGAUGAUGUGGAGAACUUUGAGGACAAUCCAGGCAGGAAGUGGUUGGACAGCUUCCUAUUUACACCGGAAGAAAAUGAGAAUGAUGAUGAUGAGGAAGGUUCUGAGUCGUCCCAGAAUUGUGUGUCUGGUGGUAAUUUUAUUGACACGUUCCGUCAUUUCCAUCCUACACGCACCAAUGCCUUCACAUGCUGGUCUACACGUACAGGUGCUAGGCACACCAACUAUGGUACCCGCAUCGACUAUAUAUUUGCCAAUCUUUCGUUGGUUGAGAGAAACUUUCUAAAUGCAGAUAUCAUGCCUGAAGUAGAGGGCUCUGAUCAUUGUCCCAUAUGGGCUGAGUUAAGCUGUACUUUUGUACCCAGUACUAAGUGCCCAGCUCUGUGCACUUGUUAUAUGCCUGAGUUCAUGGGGAAGCAACAGAAACUCUUGCGCUUUCUCGUUAAGGUCUCCGAUCAACAUGCAGAUGGAAAAGACAAUGAAAAAGUGUUGCCUGGAUCUCAAGAAGCUGGGGAGAUUCGUGAGAACCUCAAUCCUCUAGCAGCAGGUGUCAGUUCUGGGAGCAAGAGACCUUCUGAUGAACUACCAGAAUCAUCUACAUGCAAAGCAAAAAAAAGUAAACAUGCUAAAAAGGCAGCAAAACCUCAGGGCAGUCUUCUGAACUUCUUUAAACCUAAACUGACCACAGUGGUAUCUUCAAGCCAGAGCCUAAGCUCAUGCAAGAACACAGAGACAGAUGUGAAGAGUGAAUGUGUCAUGCCCAAGAUCCACGAAAAUACAGAAAAUUAUGUCAGCAGCUGCACUGGAACCCGCAGCAUGCUUACAGUGUGCCACACUGAGGUGAAAGUGAAGGGUGAAAAAAAUAACUUUAGUGACAAAACGACUAAGGAAGGAGAAGAAGAAGAGUGUUGUCAGGAUCAGCUUGAAAGCAACGCCAUGCUCAAUCAAGAGACCAAGAAAGUGGCCUGCCCAGACUUUUGGAAAUCAGUUCUGCACGGACCUCCCCAGCCACCACUGUGUAACGCACACAACGAGCCGUGUGUGCUGCGGACUGUGAAAAAACCUGGACCAAAUUUGGGCCGGCAGUUUUUUGUAUGCGCCCGUCCUCAGGGUCACACGUCCAAUCCACAGGCAAGGUGCAAUUUCUUUGCCUGGGUGGACAAACGCAAGUAGCCCUCUGUAAAAUAUCUGUUUAUAUCGUGCUAGAUGAAAUCUUUUUAAUGUUUUUAUUGUAUAAAUAAAUGAUUUAUAUGUUU